AUGCCCAGUGCUGCUGCAUACCGGACAGGGCAAAACACUGUGUUACCGUCACCUGGUUUUCUGCAACAGCGCGGGCAAGCGGCUUUCCCGUUUGGCAGUGUGAUCCAGCAGCCUCAGUCUGCGCAACAGCAACAGCAACAUCCGCAGGCGCAUCAACAGACUCAGGCGACGUCCGUGCUUGGCCAGCAGCUUCAACAGCAGCAGCAACAGGCCGCAUCAUCCGCCGGAGGGCCUCCACCGCACUUAACGACGCCGAGUGUUGCGACUGGGCAAGCAAAUCAGUCAGUGAAUGAUGGUGCACUAGAUCCGAAUGACUUUCCUGCGCUCGGGUCGGGGUCGGCGACGUUAAAUGCUUCGACAAACAGUCCGGCAACUACCUUAGCUUCGAGUUAUGCGAGUCAGGCGGGGACGGGUAUUGCACCUGGGAGUGGGACGAAUGGGCAGAGCGGUGCGGGAGGGAAUUCGCAAACACGGGAAUUCACUCCGGACGAUUUUCCGGCUCUCGGAGGGCAGCCUACUUCAACAGCUCAAUCAUCGCAAAAUCAGCAGUCCUCACAAGAUACAAGUCAUCCACCCGGAUUAAAUGGUUUCGAGCCACGUCAGACCAUGCCUCCGGGGCUUCUUAAUCUCAGCGGGACACAGCGCAAUCUUGCAUCGGAAGCGGAUAAACGGACGAAUGCAAAGGUGAACACGUGGAAUGGGACAAAUACGACUUCUUUGGCUCAGCAAAACGGGUCAUUACAAGCUAGCCAGCAAUUAGUAGCUCCGCCAGGUGUUCCUCCACCGUUUCAACAGCAAUCGCAACAGGCAUCAUUCGGCGCUAAUGAUGGACCAAUUGGAUUGAGUGCACCGACAACAGCGGCUUCUGGAGCACCUCAGACGCCCGCACAACAGAUCCUCAUGUCUCCUGCUGACCGUUGGGGGUUAUUAGGGCUGCUGAAUGCCAUCAAAAACUUGGAUGGAGAUCAAACGUUGUUGUCUAUGGGUACGGACUUGGGGACGAUGGGGUUGGAUAUGCAAAACCAAGAGUCAUUAUUUUCAACCUUCAUUACUCCGUGGUCAGACUCAUCAGCUGCACAUUCUAUUGAACCCGAAUUCCGUACUCCUGAAUGCUAUCGCGUGAAUGCACCUCCACCAGGACCGGCCAAAGCACAAGCAUUUAGCGAAGAGACGUUGUUCUAUAUGUUUUAUGCACAUCCUCGGGACGCAUUACAGGAAGUUGCUGCUCAGGAAUUACAUGCGAGGAAUUGGCGCUUUAGCAAAGAACACCGGCUAUGGUUGACAAAAGAGACCAAUCGCCCUCGACAGUCGAAAACAAUCGAGAACGGUGCGGGCGAGCAGGGUAUCUUCACAUAUUGGGAUCCGGAUAUGUGGGAGAAGAACUUGAAAGAGUUUACUGUCAUGUAUGCGGACCUGGAGAAUAAAGAUACACCGGCGUUCGCGGGGCCAACGUUGCAGCCGACUGCACAGGGUCAGCAGCUCCAAGCAGGUGUAGUUCGAGCGAAUUUUCCGGGGCUUAGUAUGACGGCUGCAGCGAUGUAAAUAGCUCACUGAGUACCGUGCUCGUCGGCGAUCAACUCCGUGUCUGUAACUCACAGUACUCGCCUGACAUCGCCUUACCUUACACCCUCAUAUCACAUUAACGAUUUCCUCUUUCCUUCUCUUCCCUCUCCUUUUAGUCACUUGCUGUCGCAUCUUCAUAUCCUCAUAUCCUGUUUCCACG